GAGACACUGCAGCGUACGACAGCAAAAUAAAACCGACCGGAAAGUUUGUAAUGAAAGAACAUGUGAGAGAAACCAAAAACAAACCGGGCAGAAACGGUAUGCUAGCGAUCUAACAGGCUAACAGAGUAAUUAGAUGAGAAGCUAACAGGCUAACAGAGUAAUUAGAUGAGAAGCUAACAGGCUAACAGAGUAAUUAGAUGAGAAGCUAACACUUAGCAGCAGAAACAUCAGCACUGUCCACAUCCAGCAGAGCACUACAGCAGCUCCAACCCAGUCCCAGCCGGUCCCGACGGCAUGCAGGCGGAGUUUCGGGCUCCUCGGCGGCGCACCCGAGUGCACGAAGAGUACCAGGCUCCGCUGCCAGUUAGCAGCAGCCCGGACGAGAGGACCGACCUCCGGGCGGAGCUCAUCAACCAGCACGUGCUAGUCUGUCAUCCAGACCACAUCCAAAAGAUUCACAACCAGGGUUAUUUUGGUAAAGGCAUCCUGUCCAGAGCCAGACCGGACCACAGCAUCUCUGACCAAUGGGAGCAACACGAAGGGUUGUUUCUACCUGUAAUCUCACAGUCCAGGUAUGAGGAACUGCGAUGUUGGGCGGGGGCAGCUCUCUCCGCUCAGGGAUUGGAUGAUGAGGCUGUCAAUCAAAUCCUGCUCACACACUCUCGGCCUGUAGAGAUGGAGGAUUUGAGGAGGGAGGUGGGAGAGGGAGAGAACGGACAUAAGUGUGAGGAGGGGGAGGAGAAGGGGCCAGGACCAGAGGAUGGAGUCUGUCCCCACACAAAGAGGCCUAAGCCGGGGUUAGACAUCGAGCCGGAGGCCAAAAGAAGCAGCAGGUUGGACCCAGAAGACCUGAACCAUGAUCACAGCUCAGACCAGGACUGUGACUCCAACCCAGAUCCUGACCUCAGCUCUGACUCUGAUCAUGAAACUGAGCCUUUGGUUCCAGGUCCUGGUUUUGUCCUGGUGGUCUGUGACAGUGAGGUUGGUGAGGGGGUCAGGGAGGUCAGGCGGACUCCGUUCUCUCUGUCAGAGUACCUGCAGCUCAGUCUGGAGGAGGCUUUCUUCCUGGUCUACAGUUUGGGCUGCCUGUCUGUCUACCAGCACCAGGAGCCCCUGUCAAUCAUCCAGCUGUGGAGGAAGUUCCGGUCCCUGUAUCCUGACUUUGUCAGCUCGUACGCAGCUUAUCAUCACUUCCGCAGCAAGGGAUGGGUCCCUAAAGGAGGGGGCGGGGCUAAGUACGGCGUCAACCUCAUGUUGUACAGGAAAGGCCCACCUUUCUACCAUGCCAGUUAUUCUGUGGUAAUUGAGCGGGUUGACGAUGCAUUCGGGGGCUCUGCGUUGCGCCCAUUUUCGUGGCGUUCUCUAGCGGCUCUCAGUAGGAUCACUGCCAACGUCUCCAAGGAGCUGAUGAUGUGUUACAUCAUCUAUCCAGUUGACCUAUCAGAGGCUGAGCUGGACUCACCUGAGUGUCUAAUCAGACUGAAGGUUCAGGAAGUGAUCAUCAACAGAUGGGUUUCCUCCAGAGAGCGAGCAGAACAGGAAGACAUCUGAUAAAAAAUAAAAUCAUAUAUCAGUUCUUUGGGUCUGAAAUAAUAUCAGUGUGUUUUUUGACUAAUAGUUUUUUUUAUUAUUAAAAGGAAAUAUCAGAAA